UGGCAGCGCCCGAUUUUUUUAGACGUUUGACAGUUGAUCACGAAACCGCACUCCUUUCGCAAAAAUUCUAAAUAAAACCGUGAAAACAACGCAAAUCAACCCAAAAUGGUGUCUUUAAACCCCGUCCGUGUGCUGAAACACGAAGCCGAGGAGGAAAAGGCGGAAAUCGCGCGUCUUUCCAGCUUCGUGGGGGCCAUCGCCAUCGGAGACCUAGUCAAAAGCACCCUGGGCCCCAAAGGCAUGGACAAAAUCCUGGUUUCCAGCGGCAGGAACGCGGGGCAGGUCGAAGUCACCAACGACGGAGCGACGAUUCUCAAAGCCGUGGGGGUCGACAACCCCGCUGCGAAAAUCUUAGUCGAUAUGUCGAAAGUGCAGGACGAUGAAGUGGGCGACGGGACUACGUCAGUCACAGUUUUAGCGUCUGAGCUUCUCAAAGAGGCCGAACGCCUCAUUGACCAGAAAAUCCACCCCCAGACCAUCAUCGCCGGCUGGCGUAAAGCCGUCGACGUGGCCCGCAAAGCCCUCCGGGACACCUCGCUCGACCACAGCGACAACAACGAGAAAUUCCGUGAAGAUCUGAUGAACAUAGCUCGUACUACUCUAAGCUCGAAAAUCCUCUCUCAACACAAAGAGCACUUCGCCAAGCUCGCCGUCGACGCGGUCGUGCGUUUGAAGGGCUCCGGAGAUCUGCAAGCCAUCCAACUCAUCAAAAAGUCGGGAGGAACUCUGGAGGAGUCCUUCCUGGACGAGGGUUUCCUGUUGGACAAAAAACCAGGCGUCCACCAGCCGAAGCGGGUCGAAAACGCCAAGAUUUUAAUCGCCAACACCCCCAUGGACACCGACAAGAUCAAAGUGUUCGGCUCGCACAUCAAAGUCGACUCCAUGGCGAAAAUCGCCGAGCUGGAAGCCGCCGAAAAGGAGAAAAUGAAAGACAAAGUUAACAAAAUCCUCAAACACAACGCCAACGUUUUUAUCAAUAGGCAGUUGAUUUAUAAUUAUCCUGAGCAGCUUUUUGCUGACGCUGGUGUGAUGGCGAUCGAGCAUGCCGACUUUGACGGGAUCGAGCGUCUGGCUUUGGUUACAGGUGGCGAAAUCGUGUCUACGUUCGACAACCCUGAUUUGGUUAGAUUGGGGAAAUGCGAUUUGAUUGAACAGGUUAUGAUCGGCGAAGAUAUUUUGUUGCGUUUCAGUGGGGUCCCCCUGGGCGAGGCUUGCACUGUCGUGAUUCGGGGGGCCACCCAGCAAAUCGUCGACGAAGCCGACAGGUCUCUGCAUGACGCUCUUUGUGUGUUGGCGGCCACAGUCAAGGAGACUCGAAUUGUCUAUGGAGGGGGCUGCAGCGAGACUCUGAUGGCCGUCGCUGUGAGCAAAGCCGCCGCCAAUACGCCGGGGAAGGAGGCGGUGGCCAUGGAGGCCUUCGCCAGGGCGCUGUUGCAGCUGCCGACGAUCAUAGGCGACAAUGCUGGGUAUGACUCAGCUCAGUUGAUUAGCGAGUUGAAGGCGGCGCAUUAUAGUGGGAAUGUGACCGCGGGGCUGAACAUGGAGGCGGGAGAAGUGGGGGAUAUGAAGGCGUUGGGGAUCACGGAGUCGUUCGUCGUGAAGAGGCAGGUCUUGCUUUCGGCGGCUGAGGCAGCCGAGAUGAUUCUGAGAGUGGAUAAUAUUAUUAAGGCGGCGCCGAGGAGGAGAGUGGAAGAUAGAGGGCACUGCUAGGAAGUUUCGAGUUUAGGUUUUAAUGUAUUGCAUUUUAAUAGCUCGCGUUUAAUUUUGUUUGUAUUGACACGAAUAAUGAAUAAUAAAUAACUCAGUAUUUA